CGGCGGCGACGACCCACGCGGGAUUCUAUCUGGGUGGAAAACGUGCGUCCUCAUUCACCCUCGCACUCUCCCGCUAAGCUGAGGACCGAGUUCGAAAUCUUUCUCAUUUCUCCGAGUUUUCGUUCGUUGAUUCCUGAGUCUGAGAUAUCGCAUAGCCUCGCAACGAAGGCUCUCCUCUGCACUAUGAAAGCAGUUAAGGGAUUUUUAAACCGAGAUUAGGAAAGGGACAAGCCGAGUGUUGUGAAUUAACGCCAAACAUGGAUUCUCUCUUGGCGAUGCUGUUUGUCCUGGCGGCGGCAACGGCUAAUGAAGGAGGCACACCGGUGAUCAAGGAGCACCCGAGCAACGUGGUGGCGCGGCGCAACGACCCCGCCACCCUCAACUGCGCCGCCUCCGGGGCCACUCGCAUCCGCUGGUACCGCGACGGCGAGGAGGUGACGACGGCGGCGGAGGACCCGCGCUCCCACCGCGUCCUUCUGCCCUCAGGCUCGCUCUUCUUCCUGCGCGUGGCCACCUCCAAGAGAGACAGCGACGCCGGAACCUACUGGUGCGUGGCCUCCAACAGCCACGGCGCCACGCGCUCCCUCAACGCCACCCUCACCGUGGCCACGCUCGCCUACGACUUCCAGAGCCAGGCCGACCCCGUGGUGAGGGCGCGCGUCGGGGACUCUCUCGCCCUGCCGUGCCGCCCGCCCAAGGGCUCUCCGCCCCCCGAAGUCACCUGGCUCAGGGACUCCCACGAGGUCAGCAACUCCAGCCGGAUCUCCGUCACACAAGCGGGCGAUCUUGUCAUCAGUCAGGCCGUCGAGGAGGACUCGGCCUCCUACGUGUGUCGCGCCCGCAACGCCGCGGGCGCCCGGGAGUCCACGCCCACCAAGCUCACCAUCAUGACGCCGCCCUGGUUCGAGGAGCGUCCGGCGAACGUGACCGUCGCGUCGGGCGUGGUGGUGGAGCUGGCGUGCCGCGCCCGAGGCUCGCCCACGCCCACGGUCACCUGGCGGCGUCUCGACGGCAAGAUGCCGCUCGGCCGCGCUAUGAUCGAGGACCAACGGCUGGUGCUGGACCACGUGGCGGCCGCCGACUCCGGCGUGUACGUGUGCGAGGUGGAGAGUGAGGCAGGGAUCGCCGCGGCCAGGGCCACUCUCACCGUGAUCGACGCCCCCGAGUUCGCUCAGCGGCCGCAGGACAUUCAGGUGGUGGCUGGCCAGAGCGCCAGGCUCUCGUGCAAGGUCGAGGGCGACCCCAAGCCUCUCCUGCUGUGGCGGCUUCCCACCCAAGACAGGACUGCCCUGCUCGCCGCGGGACAGAACAGCGGCCACGCCUCCGUCGCCGAGGAAGGCCAGACUCUUCUGCUCGGUGACGUCAGCACGCACGACAGCGGAGCCUACUACUGCUGGGGCGUCAGCAGCGGCGGUGGCGUCAGCGCUCGCUCUGAGGUGGUGGUCGUGGCCGCGUAUCCCCCUCCUGUGAUCGGCGUAGGACCCCAGGAUCUCAUGGUGUCCCCCGGGGGCACAGCCACCUUCCCUUGCGAGGCCGUGAGUGAGGCCGCCUCGCCCUCCAUCUCGUGGAAGUACCGCCCGGCCGCCCAUCUCCCCGCCCGAGAGCUCAGCGAGGGCGGCAACGGCGGCCGAGUGUCCCUCCCGGCCAACGGCGCCCUCAUCCUAAAAGACGUCCGGGCCGACGACGCCGGCAUCUACAGCUGCCGCAUCAGCGCGGACACCGGCAGAGUGGAGCAAGCGGCAGUCCUGCGGGUGGAGGACGGCACCCAAGACGCGGCGCCGUUCCUGCUGCCGGCGCCGCCGUCUAAGCCGCGCCUCAUGGCCGUCAACCAGACCGCUGUGCACCUGAGCUGGCUGCCCAACUCCCAGAUGGGCGGAGGUUCCGACCAGACGUACACGGUGGAGUUCUGGCGCCAGGGCUGGGAGGAGUGGCGGGUGGCGGACGCCCUCAUCUCGCAGGAGUCGUGUGUGGUGGGCGGGCUGACGCCUGGCCACACCUACACCUUCCUGGUCCGUGCCGUCGACUCGCGAGGGGCGUCGUUCCCGAGUCCCUGGUCCGACCCGGUCACGACCCGCUCUCCCCGCGACCCGAGUCUCACGGAGGACGAGGUCCGUCACGUCCGCCGCCGCCUCUCGCGCCCCGCCGUCACUCUCACCGACGCCACAGUCACCGCCCCCGACAGCGUCCUUCUCGGCUGGGAGUUCCUCGCGCUGGCGGACGAGGCCGUCGAGGGCGUGCUCGUGUACGCUGUCAGCGAUUCGGGCGCCGUGCAGGUGGCUACCGUGCUUGGCACGUCGUCGUCCUCACACCUCAUGCACGAACUUCAUCCCAACUCCCGAUACACCUUCUUCGUCGUCCCCUUCUGGCACAGCGUCGAGGGCACGCCAUCCAACUCCAUGUCGCUGCGGACUCCACAAGAUGUUCCACUGGUGGCUCCUAAGGACGUGCGCGUGAAGACCCGCGAGGAAGGAACUGUACUUAUCACUUGGUCGACUCUGACGCCCGAGGAAGCUCGAGGCGAAGUCGUUGGCUACCAGGUCUCCUUCAACUACAACGGCAGCCGCACUAUCGAGACGGUGGCCAACCCCUGGCUCGAAGCCGAUGGCUUGAUGGCUGGUCGUCUCUACGCCGUCCGGGUCGCCGCACUUACCGAGGUCGGAGCUGGCCCCUUCACCUCCCCGGUACUGAUGGACACUGGGCUCUCGCACAAUCACCCUCGUCGCCAAAACAAUGAUAGCAACUCGCCCUCUGUAUUAUACUCACCACCACAGCCUGCCUGGCUAAUUUACUUGUUAAUACCUGUAGUGCUGUUGAUGUCAGUUGCCACUUUGUUCUAUGUACGUCACCUGCGAGGAAAGUCAGCGACCUCAAACCCAUCCCACACUCCGUCCAUAUACCAGGAUGCGUCCCUCUACUCUGCCCAUCACUCCAUCAACAUGUACAGCGAACAGAAGCUGUGGCGACCUUCCGACUACGACAAAGAGAUCAACGCAUCCUCCAAGAAACUCCUCCAUCCGGAAUAUGAAUACGCGGAGCCCAGGGUCCAGAAAAUCCACGAGACGACAGAGCCCUACGCCACCACGGCUCUGUUGGCCUCCUCCCCGCAAGGCUCAGGAUAUCGGAGUCCUUGGAUCCACCAGAGUGACGAUUCCGGAGUGCAGGUGAACUGGACAGAAUUCCUGCCUCCCCCUCCAGCUUGUCCUCCACCGCGGGAUUUUAACUUGGGUGACUUGUCAAGGGGAAGAAGAAGUUACCUAGAGAAGGGGUCUCCGCUAUCGACGUCAAAAUACGACAACAUGGACGAAUCGGAGCAGUAUGAGCGACCGUGUGACGUAGCGCCCACUCACUGUUACGCGGCUUACGGCCCGGUGCCGCAUACUGGCAACUGUGGCAAAUUCCCAACGUUCAACACACUCCAGGCGUUAGAAUACCGGAGAGUUCGCACGGAAUUCAGACCGCUGCAUCAGGCAGACCCUCCUAGAAGCAACACGCAUUAGUAUUCUUUCUUGUGUAAGAGAACCAAAAAUUGAAUUGCUGAUUUUGAUUCUGAUUAGCAAGAAUGUUAUUGAUACCAAAGUUCAUGCAUUUAGUACUUAAGGUUUCCAUGAUUUCAUAAAGAAUUAAGAAGUAACGACGCGAUGGGGAUGAUCCAUCUUACCAGUGACAGCUUCCUACUGUUGAAGGUAGAAAGUUUUGUUUCAAAAUGGAUAUUAAAAGACAUGUAAUACAUACUUCUGGCUCCUUUUAGGGUCAUUCCAUAUAAUUAUUCAAUGCAAUUGUUGAUAACUCGAUAGAAAGUGGAACGGCCAACUAUUAGGCGUAAAGAGCAAUCUUGCGGUUGACGUAAGAUUACAUUUUCACAAAUUGUUAUGCUAAUAGCUAUAUGAUGGAUAGGACAUGAUAAUAACUGAAACAAAGGGCGUUUCUUACAAUCACAGGAUACCCCGCUUUUAACACGCAAAAGCAGGGUGGGGUUCAACUUUCCUGAUACAGCGUUCUCUCACGUAAGCCAUUGAUGCUGAAAUCUACUGCUACAUUUUCUAUAUUUGUAUAUAAGAAUAUAUUUAUUUUCAUAGACUAUUAAAACUUUGAUAAUUCUC